AUGACCUUCACACUUCCCACCACCAAAAACCGUCCCAUAACCGUCCUAGGUGGUGGUGUUCUCGGCCGUCGCAUCGCCUGCACAUGGGCAUCUGGAGGUUGGGACGUACGCAUCCGCGACCCUUCACCCGAACAGCGCAACGCAGCGCUCCACUACAUCGAAAACAACAUGUCCAUCUACGCAUCCGCCAUCCAAUGUUCGUCUCCGGGCACCGUAACCGUUCAUGGAGACUUAGCCGAAGCGGUAAAAGGAGCGUGGAAUGUUAUUGAAGCGGUGCCAGAAAAGUUGCAGUUGAAGAUUGAUACGUUUGCCGAGUUGGAGAAACUGUGUGAGUCAGAUGCGCUGUUGGUUAGUAAUUCGAGUAGUUAUAAGACUUCGGAGAUGCUAGAGAAGGUGGGUGGGGAUACGAAGAAGAGAAUAUUUAAUACGCAUUAUAUGAUGCCGCCGGAUAAUAAGAUUGUGGAACUUAUGACGGAUGGAGAGACGGCGGAAGAAAUCUUUCCGUGGUAUGUAGAGAGGUUGAAGGAGGUGGGUAUGCAUCCUAUUGUUGCUAAGAGAGAGAGUACGGGGUUUGUGUUUAAUCGUGUUUGGGCGAGUAUUAAGAGAGAGUGCUUGAUGAUUCUUGCAGAGGGGGGUUUGGGUAGAGAUGUUUGGGGUGGAAAGGGGAUGGGCCCUUGUGCUAUGAUAGAUGGAGUGGGCUUGGAUACGGUCGCGUUUAUUGAAGAACAUUAUAUUAAGGAGAGGGGAUUACCUUCGGAGCAUACUGUUGAUUUUCUAAAGAAGAGUUAUUUGGAGGAGGGAAAGCUGGGUGCUAAAAGUGGGAAGGGAGGACUGUAUCCCCCUGGACAAACAACAAAAGUCAAGGGCGAAGAAAAAGAUCAUCAUGAGAAUUUGCAUGCUCCAUCUUUUCCUAGAUAUAUGCUAGAUAUUGGACUUAAUUCCCUGACCGAUACCCUAAACGCAGGUCGAAUCGUAGUCGGUUCCCCUGAUGGCCGUCAACUUCGAACUCUAGUCUCCGGCCAGCAUCUUCCAGACGGUCUUGACAUUUCUCUGAAGACCGGUCGUAUAUAUUGGACAUGCAUGGGCAUCCCAACAGCCAACGACGGCACAGUACAAUCAUGCAAACUCGACGGAAGCGACAUCCAAACUGUGAUUCCAUCCGGAGCAGUUCACACGCCUAAACAACUAAUCAUUGAUCAUGCCGCUUCCAAACUAUAUUUCUGUGACCGCGAAGGUUUACGAGUCAUGAGAUGUAACUUCGACGGAUCAGAACACGAAGCCAUUAUCCAAACCGGCGAUUGGCAAAAUCCAGAGGAUGCAAAAGAUCAACUCAAAUGGUGUGUGGGAAUCUCCAUAAACAACAAAGAAGGAAAAUUCUACUGGACGCAAAAGGGAUUUUCGAAAGGUGGGAAAGGUCGGAUCUUCCGCGCCAAUAUACAGAUGCCUGCGGGCCAAAAUGCUUCCACUAGAAAAGAUAUCGAGUUAUUGUUUCAAGAACUACCUGAACCUAUUGAUCUUGAGAUAGACGAAGAUACACAGACAUUGUAUUGGACUGAUAGAGGAGAUCCUCCUCGAGGAAACAGUCUGAACGCAGCAAAGCUUGGGGAAAAUUCAUUGAAAGCACUAGAGGAUGAUAGCGAAGAGAAGAACGAGUAUCAAAUCUUGACGAGACAAUUGCAUGAAGCGAUUGGAUUGAAACUUGAUACGGUUAAUAAACACGUUUAUUUGACGGAUUUGGGUGGUGCGGUGUAUAGAGUGGGAAUGGAUGGGAAGAAUAAAAAGAGGGUUUAUGAUGAGGAAUGUUCAUUUACGGGUCUUGGAUUGGCGCAUGUUUAA